AUGGCUGUGUAUUUUGACCAUCGCAUUGAAGCUCCAGAUCCUGCAGCGUCGCCGUCCAUCAUCUCCUGGCAUAGUCUUCACACUCUGCUGGCUGUGGGUUCGGUCAGCCCAUCUUCUGGGGGUUGUGUGGACAUCUUUGGUGAACUGGGCGACCAUGUGAGUGGUUCACACGUUGAAAGGUCCUACCAGCCGACCCUCCUGAGCUGGCAUCCGACUAAAAAGUUACUUGCCGUGGGGUGGGCACUUGGAGAAGUCUUAAUUGUAAAUGAGCCAGACAAAGAGCAUCACGCCGUAGCGUCGCCGCACAGCACGGAGAUCACGUUGCUGGAGUGGAGCAGUAACAACAGCUGUCUCAUUUCAGGAGACCUCAAUGGCUCACUUGUUAUGUGGAGACUGGACCAGCGAGGUCGCGUUCAGGGAGCGCCAUUACUGAAGCUGGAGUACCGCAAGCCUUUAACUCACUGCCUUUUCAAACCAGCGGCUCCUGAAGAGGAUAUGGCCCAGCUGGCUAAAGCUGCAGUGAGCGGGGAUGAAAAGGCGUUGGAUAUGUUUAAUUGGAAAAUGAAGGCAGCCACCCAACAGGAGUUCUCCUUCUUCGUCAGCACAGCAGAUGGUUCUAUACACUGGGUGAACGAACAGGCAAAGACCAGCCAGAUAAUAGGAAUGGACAGUCCUGCACGGAGGCUGCUCUUCUUGGAGAAGAAAUCCGUCCUAGUGGUGGUGACUGAGAAUUUCCUGCUCUCGCAAUUCUUUCUGGGUCCAGAAGGAGACGCUGAAGAGUUAUCUAAGGUGAAGCUGACUGGGAGGACUGGUAAAACAGCUGACAUUAUCUGCAUCAGUAACUGCUUACUGAUUACCGCGACAGGAGAAAGUGUCAUCAGAUUCUGGGAUCUUGAGCGAGAUGACAAUUAUGUGCUGUUCCUGGAUGAACAAUUGGGAUUCGAAGCAGAAGAAACCAUAAACUGUAUUUCUUACUGUCCGGCAAAAGGAAUUCUGGCAGCUGGAACUAGUAAGGGCAAGGUGGCUAUGUGGAGCAAAGUCACUGAUGGGCGAAAGUCUUUAAGUAACAGAAGGAAAGAUGGCUGGAAGCUUAACACCCCAACAGAAUUGGAGGGUGACAUCGCACAGAUCAAAUGGGGGUCAUCCAAGAAUCUAUUAGCAGUGAACAACCUCAGCUCGGUGCUGGUCCUCAGCGAGCAUGUCAUGUCCUCUCAUUUCCAUCAACAAGUUGCUGCAAUUCAGGUGGCGCCAUCUCAGCUCAGCCUGACCUACUUCAGUACCGGAGCCCGCCACAGCUUGAAGACGGACAUGUACAUAAAAGGGGUCUUUGUCACUAAGGAUUCUGUUGCAGUAUGGAAUGGCAAAUUGGUGACCGUCUAUGAACUUAGUGGACCCACUCUUAAAAAUUCAGGUUCCUUCGCCAGCGAUUCUCCUGUGUUGGCAAUUCAUGACGAGAACAUCUACACUGUGGAGCCUGGCAGAGUCCAAAUUCGUACAUUGCAGGGGACGGUCAAGCAGUUGCUUCCAUUCUCUGUGGCAGAAGGAAACCCAUGCAUGCUGGACAUAUGCGGUACUUUCUUAGUGGUGGCCACUGAUGCCGCCCACUUCAAGCUUUUCGACCUUUCUAGGAGGGAGGCCAAAGCCCACAGCAAUUGUAAGAACCUCUCUGAACUAGUGCCAGGACUGGGCAGCAUUGUGUCUAUCAGGUGCAAUGCCAAUGGCAGUAAAGUCAGCAUCCUCGCCAACAGGGCUGACGGUCACCUAGACUCCAAAAUGUACUUCUACGAUGUUGACCUGGACACCAUGUCGUUCUUUGACUUCUGGACUGGCCAGGCUGAUCAACAGGAUUCUCCAUCCAAUAUGGACACGAACCUUCCGGAGAAUAUAAAACUCCUUGACCGCAUCCCGAUCAGUCAUUUCUGGGAUCAAAGUGAGCCACGGUUACUAGUAUGCGAGGCAAUGCUGGCUGUCCCAAAUUCAGUGCACCCAUCACCAAAUCGCAACCAGCUUGUGGAGGUUCCUCAUGGAAAGGAGGACGUGCUAGUUAUGUCAUUUUUCAGCACCCAGGAGCAUGGACUACUACUUCAGGAAAGCUUUCCACGACCGAUCUCUUUCCAGUCCCUUCUCGGUAUUGAGGUCCCACAUUAUUAUUUCACAAGAAGGCCUGGGGAAGAUGAAGACCAAGCUGAAAGUCCAGAAGUGGGCACACCACAGAUCCCCAAUAUGGUGGCCAAGAAGCCCCUGCGAGAUUUCAUUGGACUGGAGGACUGUGAGAAGGCAACACGAGAUGCCUUGCUGAACUUCAGCUUCUACCUCACUGUAGGAGACAUGGAUGAAGCCUUCAAGUCCAUCAAGCUCAUAAAGAGUGAAACCGUCUGGGAAAACAUGGCACGCAUGUGCGUCAAGACAAGAAGACUGGAUGUCGCCAAAGUAUGCCUGGGAAAAAUGGGCCACGCCAGGGGUGCCAAAGCGCUACGGGAGGCAGAGCAAGAGCCGGAGAUAGAAGCCAGAGUGGCCAUGUUGGCGAUACAGCUUGGAAUGAUGGAAGACGCAGAGCAGCUAUACAAAACCUGCAACCGUUACGAUCUGCUGAAUAAACUGUACCAGGCUUGGGGUCAAUGGCAGAAAGCUAUCGAGACUGCGGAAAACCAUGACCGAGUCCACCUGAGAACCACCUAUUAUCACUAUGCAAAGCACUUGGAAGCUAUGGGAGACCGCAGUGUAUCACUCAACUAUUAUGAGAAGUCGGACACCCAUCGUUUUGAAGUUCCACGGAUGCUACUGGAAAACCCACAGAACUUGGAGACCUACAUCAAUAACAAGAAAGACAAAAUUCUCUGGAAAUGGUGGGCUCAGUACCUGGAGAGCCAGUCGGACCUAGAUACUGCUCUCAAAUAUUAUGAGCUGGCACAAGACUACCUGUCUCUGGUGCGAGUGCACUGCUACCUGCGUAACAUUCAGAAGGCUGCAGAAAUCGCCAAUGAGACUGGUAACUUAGCGGCUUCCUACCACCUGGCACGACAGUACGAAAGCCAAGGGGAUCUCAAACAGGCAGUGCAUUUCUAUACCAGAGCCCAGGCUUAUAAUAACGCCAUCAGGCUGUGCAAGGAAAAUAACCUGGAUGACCAACUCAUGAACCUGGCAUUGCUGAGCACCCCAGAGGAUAUGAUGGAUGCUGCUCGCUAUUAUGAAGAGAAGGCAGAGCAAAUGGACAGAGCUGUCAUGCUGUACCACAAGUCAGGUCAUCUGUCCAAGGCAUUGGAGUUGGCGUUUGCUACUGAACAGUUUGGAGCUCUUCAGCUAAUAGCUGAGGACCUAGAUGAGAAGUCUGACCCGGCCCUCCUUGCACGCUGCUCUGAUUUCUUCAUCCAGCACAACCAGUUUGAGAAGGCUGUGGAAUUACUACUGGCAGCUAAAAAGUACUACGAUGCCCUGCAGCUGUGCCUGGAGCAGAAUCUCAUCAUCACAGAGGAUAUGGCAGAAAAGAUGACCGUAUCCAAAAACUCCAAGGAGCUUAGCGAGGAAGCAAGACGGGAACUUCUCGAACGCAUUGCUGACUGUUGCAUGCGACAAGGGAAUUAUCAUCUUGCAACCAAGAAAUACACUCAGGCUGGGAACAAGAUGAAGGCCAUGAGGUCCUUAUUGAAGUCGGGUGACACUGAGAAGAUUGUGUUCUUUGCCGGAGUCUCCCGACAGAAAGAAAUCUACAUAAUGGCCGCCAAUUAUCUGCAGUCUCUGGAUUGGCGGCAAGAUCCCCAUAUUGUCAAUAACAUCAUUAACUUCUACACCAAGGGAAGAGCCCUUGACCUUCUGGCUGGUUUCUACGAUGCUUGCGCUCAGGUGGAGAUUGACGAAUAUCAGAAUUAUGAGAAGGCCAUGGGGGCACUGACUGAGGCGUACAAGUGUUUGUCCAAAGCCAAAAUGCGAAGCCCAGAGGAGCAGGAACGACGCUUGUCUGAUAUGCAGAACAAGGUUACUCUGGUCAAGAGGUUCAUCCAGGCUCGGAGAGCAUACACCGCAGACAAGCAAGAAGCCAUCAGACAGUGCGAGCUGCUGCUGGAAGAGCCGGAUUUGGAGAGUGCGGUCCGCAUUGGCGAUGUGUACGGGUUUCUGGUAGAACAUCACACACAGCAAGGAGACUUUCAGAAGGCGUAUCGGUGCCUAGAAGAAAUGAGAUCCAAGACGCCCUCAGCCAAUCUCAGCUACUACGUGUCGCAGAGCACAGUGGAGGCCGUGUAUCGCGCCCUCUCCAUCCCACUCGCACACCAGUCUACUGAGCACGUGCGACACAACAGCGUAGAAGACAGCGAGGAGGUGGAGGAAGCGCCCGACAUAGAUUAUGAUGGUUAACCCUUUUCAGGUCACACUUUUUUUAUUUUGCACAUUUGACAUGUAUCCUUAAAAACUUUGGCGGCCUUUGCAGCAAAUCUCCCAUUACUGCUGCCUAACAUAGAGUCUGAAAUAUGACUAAUGGUGUAUUGUCCUAUAAAGCACUGGGGUCGUGGCAUGCAGUUAUACGGUGAGGGGUAUGUAUACUUCUGCAACCAUUUUUUUUAUUUCUACAAUACAUAAUAUUUUUUUUUUAAUGAAGAACUUUUGCGAAUACCGAUCCUAUGCGGACCCGUGUGUCUCCAUAACAUCCUACCUGCAAACUGUGCACGUAGUCUGGUCCUGCAAUUGUAUGUUAGUCCUUUAUCUUCUUGCUAACCUGCAGACAGUAGAAGAGGGGGUAGAUGGAAGAGAGUAACAGAUUCUGUUACCAUGAAGACACAGAGCCCUGCAACGGAGCUGUAUACGCAGAAUGGUAGGAGAUUUUUUAUAAUACAUACAUUGAAG